CAUCAUAAAUCGUCAAGCACAGGGUUAUAACGACCACGAGCCACAAAUCAAGCCCUCCAAAAUAACCCAAAUGAGCUCUUACUUUGUAAACUCGUUCUCAGGGCGCUACCCAAAUGGCCCCGACUAUCAGUUACUAAAUUAUGGGACCAGCAGUUCCAUGAACGGUUCUUACAGAGAUUCAAGCACCAUGCAUUCCAGCUCUUAUGGCUACAACUACAAUGGGAUGGACCUUAGCAUCAACCGCUCAGCCUCCUCUAGUCACUUUGGGGCUGUGGGGGAGAGCUCCCGCGGUUUCCCUUCUCCAGCUCAGGAGAGCAGGUUUAGACAGGCGUCCAGCUGCUCCUUAUCUUCUCCCGACUCCCUUCCCUGCUCCAACAGCGAGAGCCAUGGAGGCAAACCCGCCCCGUCCCCCUCCGACCAAGCUACUUCUGCCAGCACCACCAACACAAAUUUCACAGAACUAGACGAGACCAGCGCGUCCUCGGGAGCCGACGAGGGCACUCCAAUAAGCAGCAGCAUCCCCCGAGCGCAGGCAGAGCCCAUCGCAACCUCCACCGCAGCAACAGAAGGGCAGGCACCUCAGAUAUUCCCUUGGAUGAGGAAACUUCACAUUAGCCAUGACAUGACUGGACCAGACGGUAAGAGGGCGAGGACAGCGUACACUCGCUACCAGACCCUGGAGUUGGAAAAGGAAUUCCACUUCAAUAGAUAUCUCACCCGCAGGAGGAGAAUAGAGAUCGCUCACGCUCUCUGCCUCUCCGAGCGCCAGAUCAAAAUCUGGUUCCAGAACAGGAGGAUGAAAUGGAAGAAGGAUAAUAAACUGAAAAGCAUGAGCUUAGCCUCGGCGGGCAGCGCCUUUCAGCCAUAAAUUCUAGAGGAGGAAUAUCGAGGAAAGAAGAGGAGACGAGAAAGAAAUACGUAAAUAAAUAAAUAAAGCGCCGCAGAUCUUAGUUUCGGAGUACUGUACAGUGAGGCACCUUCUUUUCGGCAUGUUGUUGAUAUUCUAAAACAACGCGUAUGGUACCGUUAUCCCAGGACUGAGUUCAUGUCGUGUUCUGCUUUUGUUUUUUUUUUUUAAAAAAACAACCUUUUUUUAAUUAAAUUUUAUUUCCAGAUGCUCCUCAUGCUCUUGUUGUUCUUAUAAAUGUAUGUGUCCGUGCUCUCUUGAUGCUUUCUGGAAAGCUAGCAUGUUUUAUGUGAGCCCUUUAAAUGUUAUAACUUAUUUAUAAAUUGAGAACAGAUACGAUUGUUUGUUUAUUUGUUGGGUUUUUUUUCCCCUUUUCUGAGUUUACUGCUUUUGGGUGAGUUCUUCUCUGCCUAAG